AUCUCUGCUCGCCUCUUGGCCCAGGCUGUGAAAGCAUGGCAGCUGCAGAGGCAGAGGUGGUUUCACCCCUGAUUGUGGACACAGCUCCUGACACUUCAGGAACAGCCGCGGCCUCUGUAGCUGCAUCGGUGGCGGAAGCGGCCAGGACCGAAUCGCAAGCCCCGGCCUCCAAGGCCGCCCUGGCUGCUAAGCUCAUGUCGCUGAGCGGCGUGUUCGCCGUGCACAAGCCCAAAGGGCCCACUUCAGCCGAGCUGCUGAACCGGCUGAAGGAGAAGCUGCUGGCAGAAGCUGGAAUGCCUUCUCCAGAAUGGAACAAGAGGCAAAAGCAGACAUUGAAAGUCGGACACGGAGGGACGCUGGACAGUGCAGCACAAGGUGUUCUGGUGGUGGGGAUUGGAAGAGGAACAAAAAUGUUGACCAGUAUGUUAUCGGGGUCCAAGAGGUAUAUCGCCAUCGGAGAACUGGGGAAAGCUACGGACACCCUGGAUUCUACUGGGAAGGUAACAGAAGAGAAGCCGUAUGAUAAAAUAACACGAGAAGAUAUCGAAGGCAUUCUGCAGAAGUUUACUGGGAAUAUAAUGCAAGUACCCCCGCUCUAUUCUGCGCUGAAGAAGGAUGGGCAGAGACUCUCAACACUAAUGAAGAAAGGCAAGGUGGUGGAGGCCAAACCGGCCCGGCCCGUGACUGUCCACAGUAUCUCCCUCCUGAAGUUCCAGCCUCCGUUCUUCACGCUGGAUGUUGAAUGCGGAGGAGGCUUUUACAUCCGAAGCCUGGUCAGUGACAUUGGCAAAGAGCUCUCUUCCUGUGCCAGCGUGCUGGAGCUGACUCGCACCAAACAGGGGCCCUUCACACUUGCACAGCACGCCCUCCCCGAAGACAGGUGGACCAUCGAUGACAUCGAACAGUCCCUCGAGCGCUGCACGUCUCUUCUGCCAGAGGAGCUGACGUUUAAAAAACUAAAAUCUGACAACUCCAGUGACCAGGUUAUAAGCUGUGGAUAUAUAACUCUCAGGGAGACAAAGAGAGAAGAUGACGCAGUUAAGACACUUUGAGCCCGGCCUGGGAGGAUCAUUUCCUGGUUGGUGUCUAUCCCGACCAGGAAUGCCCAUACACCUCUUGAGUUCUUUGCAAGAUGUCUUAAUGUCUCUGAAUGAUGGAUCUGAUUGGAUUCAGAUAAAUAAGUUUUCUGAAUUUGAUCUUCCUUUAGUCUUUUUCCUAUGAAAAAGUUAAACAAUAUUCUAAUUACAGAAUUCUGAAGUCUGAGCUGCAGGUUCCACUGGUCUCACAGAAGUGUCAAACUUGCCUUGCUCAGACUGUUUUGAAAUUCUCUGAAUACAUUUGAAGUGCUCAGUGUCGAGCUGUCCUGUGUGUUUGCAGAGCCUAUGGCUGCUGGAAGGUGCUGGUGGGCUGUACUCAGCUGUGACUGUGUUUCUUAAAUCCCGAGAAUGAAUACGUUUUCCUAAUACAUAUCUGUAAAUGCACAAACUUCUGCUUCGGCCACUGACAGAAUGUAAAUAGCGUGAGACAUGAUUCAUUUCAGAUCCUGUAUUCAGCAGAGCUCAGCUCCUGUAGCCGUGGACUGUGGCAGCUAUUUCUGUGGUCAACCACAUGGUAUCAAAGUACUAAAAAUGUGAUUUUCUAGAAUAUAAACUAAAGAAUGUAUCUUGAAUUAAAAUGCUCUCCUGCCUGUUCGAUAGCACUGUGACUGCGGAACCCUGGUCCAGUGACAUGGUUUCUGUAGUUACGAAGAAUAUGAUCACGUUUUCGAACAGCAGAUUUUAUGAGUGCUUCAUUGUUUUGUUAUAGUAAUAUCUAUUCAUUUAUUGUGUGUUUUGGGUUCUUGAAGACAAGGAAACUAAGGACACUGGAGAGGUGAAGACUCACUGCCUGUCCAGCAGGCACGGAGUGUAGAUUCUGCAUCCACCCACAGCAGGCGGCUCUUGCUACUUCAGCUCCAAGGGACCCAGCACCCACUUGUGGCCUGUGGGCCCCUGUGAACAAACACCCAUGCCUCCACACACAUACAUAAAAUAAUUACUUUAAGAUAUCGAGAUUUAACGCAGGAUGGCCCCACUCAUUAUGUAGCCAAGGCUCCUCCUGUCUCUACCUCCCAAGUGUAGAAGUUACAGGCAUAGGCCACUGUCUCCUGCAGGAAUGUGGAAAGGUAUUGUACAGCUGUGGCAAUAGUCAAGGCUUCCCUCAUUUACUAAUGUAUAUUUUCAAAAAGAAGAUUUAUUAAAUAUUCCGUAAAGUACGAGUUUUUAUAUUUUUCAUACCUUUCCUCUUAGAGGUUGUUGCCUCUAAAAUAUUUUAAAUAAGCAGACUGAUGGUUUUAUUGUGGUUAAUGUAAUGCAAACCUAAUAGAAACAGUUGGGUGCGACAACAGGGCAUUCUCAGCAGACUGGCAACGUUUUUAAUAAAAACGUUAAUGUUAACUCUGGGCAGGUAACCUGGCUCAGCGGGUGACCCCAGGACCGAUGACCUUUGACCCCUGGGCAACCUCUAUGAGAACCUACCCCAGCAAGUUGUCCACAAACACUCUGCAGUGCACGUACACCGUGCCCAUCCCCGACACACAUAAAAGAAAACAAAAGAAUGAAAUGUUUUUAAAUUUAAAAGCUAAUUCUUAGUAUGAGACUGAAAAAUACAAGUGUUGUAUUAUGGUAAACUGAUGAAUUGGAAGUUACAUAGCUUUGAGCCUGAUGUCACGGUGAGGCUUUAAUCCCAACACUCAGGAGGCGUGGCCAUGUGGAGUUCUGUGAGUUCCAGGUCAGCCAGGACUACACAGGACUUCAGAGUGGGACCCUGUAUGUUUAUAUUUUUAUAUAUUCCUAUCUAAUGUCCCGUAAUUCGUGUAACCAAAGGUGAUGUUAGAUCCUGCUGCCUGUUAGAACAGUCCAGGCUGCACAUAGUAUGUCUUCAUCAUGAACAGCUCAAGCCUGAAUAGAUCAUAGAGCCUAGAGGUUUCUUUUUUCUUUUUUCUUUUGUUGGAUAUUUUAUUUAUUUACAUUUCAAAUGUUAUCCCCUUUCCUGGUUUCCCCUCCAGAAACCCCAAUCCCACCAUCCCUCCCCCUGCUUCUAUGAGGGUGUUCCCCCCCCCACCCACCCACUCCCACAUCCCUGCCCUGGCAUUCCCCUACACUGGGACAUCGAGCCUUCACAGGACCAAGGGCCUCUCCUCCCAUUGAUGCCCUACAAGGCCAUCCUCUGCUACAUAUGCGGCUGCAGCCAUGGGUCAAUCUAUACUCUUCUCAUAGUGAAGAGUAGAAUUUAUGAAAAAGCGAGCAAGUUCUAGAAAUGGCAGUCAGUCUUUUCCUUUUGUUUGGAAAUGCUGGAGAAAUUAUGCAGGUUUUAAAAAUGCCCAUAAUGUUCACCAUCUUAAUGCACUCAUUUUGGAUUUUAUUUUUAUAUUGCAUUUUCCUCUUUAUUUACAUAAUUCAGGCUCCUCUGCUCUUACUGAUUCUUGAGACGAUUUUAUCUGGGUGCGUUUAGUCUUCAGGAAUAUAUCUGUUAUAUCUCUGUACUCAGUUCAUUUAAACGACUUUCCCGGGGCUACACACAUAAGCAGCCUUUUUUUCUAGGACACAUUCUUGUAAUGUGGUUAUUUUAGGGGAAGCAAUAAGAGCUUGUGAUCCCCUGGGCUGUAACAUUUCGUACCACCAUUGUUUGGGAUUUUAUACAUUGUUGCUAAAGUUUCUCUGCUUUUGUGUGACCUACCUUCACACCCUGUUCAUUUGUCUAAAUAAAUGUUUCUUUGUGUGUAA